GGUCCAACCGGGGAUCUGGUCCUGUCCCAACUGGGAUGGGGGGAUCGAGUCCCGUCCCAGCCCGGAUCAGAGGGAUCGGGUCCCGUCCCAGCCGGGAUUGGGGGUUCGGGUCCCGUCCCAGCCGGGAUCAGGGGGGUCAGGUCCUGUCCCAACCGGGAUUGGGGGACUCGGGUCCCGUCCCAGCCGGGAUUGGGGGUUCGGGUCCCGUCCUAGCCGGGAUCAGGGGGGUCAGGUCCUGUCCCAGCCGGGAUUGGGGGACUCAGGUCCCGUCCCAGCCGGGACUGGGGGUUCGGGUCCUGCCGCAUUGGGGCUGGGGCUGCCCCGCGCUCCCCGGCUGCCCUUGGCUCUGGGAAGGGCUCCCCGCUGUCCCAUCCUCGCUGUCCCGGAGGGGUUUGCAGGCUCUGUUGUUCCCGGUGAGGGCUGCAGCGUGCCCCGCUGCCGGGAGGACAUCCCACCCCACACCUGUGGGAUGCGGGGCAGGAAGGCAGCAGAUGCACCUUCAGAUCAUCACAAGUGGUCACAACAAGUGCAUUUCAUUCUUUUCCUCCAUUCUGAUCUGGCCAUGCCUCUCCUGUCUGGGUUUUCCAGCCCUCGGGAGAGCCCUAGCCUGGCACUGCCAGUAAAUGUGCCAGUGGGACACUCCGGAAUGGUUCUUCCAAACCCUUCCGUCAUCCGGAGGAAGGAUUUUUCUAGGGAAACUCGGUCAAUCUGGAGCAGCCCUGGGCAGACAGAGUCAGCUGAGCGGGGCUGCCUCGCUCUGCCACAGGGUUUGGUGGCCUGAGGUGAUUUAUUUCUGCUCCGGAUCGGCUUCGGCACAGCUCUGCUACCUUGUUCGGGGCCAGAAGCUCCGAUUUCUCUGACCGGGCUACGUCUCCGUAAACUCAGAUGGGGAUUUUUAGUGGGGUCCACACUGUAUGUUGUGGAUUUAAUUCUAAAAUGUACCGUGAAGUUUCUUUCUGUGUUUUGGCUCGGUGGAGGCCGGCAGGUCAUCCCCGGCGCGUUUGCCCGUUGCCGGGUCUGGGUGCCAGGCACCGCGCGCUGGCGGUGAUGCAGGAUUUUUACCCCCAUCUGGUUAGAAUCAAACAGGGAAAAUCUUUUUGUUUUCAGGCUCUGGAGAUACAGCCAGAACUUCUCGUUCACAUGGCAGCAGCAAACUCAACUCCACCUGGCUCUUUGGAUCUAAACCAGCCUGGAUUUCCAAAGGAGAUCCUGGGAACUAAACUAGAGGUCAAGUAUCUCUGCUCCGACUGCAAGAAUCUCCUGAGGAGGCCGUUCCAGGCGCAGUGCGGACAUCGCUACUGUUCCUACUGCCUGAAGAGAAUAAUAAGUGCCGGACCCCAGAAGUGCGCCAGCUGCAUUCAGGAAGGGAUCUAUGAAGAAGGAAUUUCUAUUUUGGAAACAAGCUCAGCUUUCCCGGACAACGCAGCGCGUCGGGAGGUGGAGAGUCUGCCCGCCAUCUGCAUUAACAGCGGCUGCACGUGGAAGGGCACUAUUAAAGAAUAUGAGGCCCAUUACGAAGUCUGCCCUGAGUUCCCGAUGACUUGCGAAGGCUGUGGGAAGACAGUCCCAAGGCAGAAGUUUCGGGACCACGUGAAGGCUUGUGGCAGAUCCAAAGUGCCUUGCAGAUUUGGAGUUGUUGGAUGCACUGAGGUGGUGGAAAAUGAAAAGCUACUGGAACAUGAAAGCAAGUGUCUGGCAGAGCAUCUCUACAUGCUGCUGAGUUUUGUGCUCAGCCUCAAGACUGGGUCUGAAGACCUAAAGCCGCUUCGUGCCCUUUCUUCAUCACAAACCAGCUCUCCGCUGCUGGAAGCAAACUCUCUGUGCUCGGAGUCAGAGCUUUCCAGGUCCCUGGAGCUGUUGGGGAGAUGUGAAGCCCUUGAGAGGAAAACGGUGACUUUUGAGAACAUCGUCUGUGUGCUCAAUCGUGAGGUGGAAAGGGUGUCUCUAACAGCUGAAGCCUACAGCCGGCAGCAUCGACUGGACCAGGAGAAAAUCGAAACAUUGAGUAACAAGGUCCGGCAGCUGGAGAGGAGCAUCGGGCUCAAAGACUUGGCCAUGGCUGAGAUGGAGGAGAAGAUCCGCAACAUGGAAGCUUCCACCUACGAUGGAGUUUUCAUCUGGAAGAUAACGGAGUUUGCCAGGAAGCGUCAGGAGGCAAUAACCGGCCGCUCUCCUGCUAUCUUCUCUCCAGCUUUCUAUACGAGCAAGUACGGCUACAAAAUGUGUCUGCGUGUUUACCUGAAUGGGGACGGCACCGGCCGAGGGACCCAUCUGUCCCUGUUCUUUGUGGUGAUGAAAGGACCCAACGAUGCCCUGCUGCGGUGGCCCUUCAACCAGAAGGUGACCCUGAUGCUCCUGGAUCAGAACAACCGGGAGCACAUCAUUGAUGCCUUCCGACCCGACGUGACAUCCUCCUCCUUCCAGCGCCCUGUCACGGAAAUGAACAUUGCCAGCGGCUGCCCGCUGUUCUGCCCGGUCUCCGUGAUGGAAGCCAAGAACUCCUACGUGCGUGAUGAUGCCAUCUUUAUUAAAGCCAUCGUUGAUCUCACGGGCCUCUAACCCUCCUCGCCUCCAGGAGCUGUGAACACAGAGCCAGCCCUGCAUGGGGCAUCCCCCUCUUGCGCUGAUCCAGGCAGAUCUCGGAGCAAGGAGGGGGCAAAAAGCAGAAGGGGAAGAGCCCUCCCCGAACAGGAACCUUCGCUCCGAGUGGAAACGAGGUAUCUGGCAGGAGCCCUCAUCCCUGGCGUCAGAGACCUUCCCUGGGAAGAGGUUUGGGUGGACGGUCGCAGCCUGCGGGAUGCUGGAAGAUCUCCCGCAGGGACUUGGGUGUCUGAACUGCCGCUGCCUGGGAUCCCAGUGGAAACCAGUGCAGUUCUUGCUCUACCAGCUUAGUGCACGUCCUCAGUGCUCUGUAGUAAAACAAGGCUUUGGCCUGCCCGAGCACCACUUCGCGUGGGGGUUUGGCUCAGCCGUUGAGGAUUUUCUUCCGAGAUCUCCGUCUUCCUGGAGUGCUGUGUGCCGCAGGGGUGCUGCUUCUCCGCGCUGCUGGCUGCUCUGUGCCACGCUGGACGGGAAGCGCGUGUGGCAGACCCAGUGGGGAAUGGUUUGCUGCUAUUUUGAUGCUAUCGGUGCGCUCAGAGAGGGUGCUGAGCCGAGCCGCACAGCUGGUGGGGAGCAGAGCCCCAACCCUGGCCCUGCUGUGUUCCAGGGGUGUUUUGUGCUCCAAGCAGGGUGCUGGGGGCACGGGAUGUGGCAGGCAGGGCCUGUGGCCUGGGAGGGAGCGCAGGGCAGCACCUGGGAUGCUGCAGUGAAGAAGUGGAUCGCCCCUGGAGCCCACCCCUCCUGUACUGGGAGAGGAGGGAGAUGCAGGGCUCAGCACGGGAUUUCAGCCCCCGAACCCUGGGAGCCCCAGGUGGGUUUUCAGCCAGACACCUCCUGCCCGUACGGAGCAGGACAGGGCAGGGAUGGAAGCUGUCUUUACAUCCCCACGAUGCUCCUGAGCUGGUGUUCAGCCUUGUCUUGGGGCGGCUGCAGCAGUGUUGGCACCAGGGUCGUCUCUGCUGCCACCACUGCACCCAGCCCCGCAGCUGCCGUGCUGACCCCCAUCUCUCAUCCGCCUGAGCGCCUGCGUCUCCCCCUCCCUGUAGCUUUCACUCUCCUUCCCUCUGCGCUGGGAAGUUCCCGGUCAUUGCUCUGCUCCGGCCCUCACUGAGCCUGCAGCCGCCAGCCUGGG